CAGUUUGUGGGAUCAAGAUUUGGUUCAUCGGUUGUGUAUCCGCAUUUCCCAGCAGCCAACGUCGUGACAUAUCUGAUUCUGGGCACCACCACGACAGCACCUGGAGAUGGCAUCCAAAGGUGCUGUUCGAAACCGCUGGUUCAACUGCUGCUGUACGAUACCGCUAUGGGGGUGCUGCUGUUCGAAACCACGCCGGGCCAUCCGAUGGUUUGGCGUCGUCGAGCCGCCGGACCCUCCGAUGGUCUGGCGUCGUCCACGCGCCGGACCCUCCAAUGGUCUGGCGUCGUCGAGGCGCCGGACCCUCCAACGGUCUGGGUGCAGCUGCUGUUGAUGUUGUUGCUGGUCCAACUGCUGAUGAUGAUGAUGCUAAAGCCUCACGGCUAUGUUGUCGUCGGUGCAGCUGCUGCUGCUGCUGCUGUUCGAUACCACUAUGGGUUUGCUGGUGCAGCUGCUGGUGCAGCUGCUGCUGCUGCUGCUGUACGAUACCGCUAUGGGUUUGAUGCUGUUCUAAACCGCGCCAGGCCAUCCGAUGGUCUGGCGUCGUUGAGGCGCCGGACCCUCCGAUGGUCUGGCAUCGUCGAGGCGCCGGACCCUCCGAUGGUCUGGCGCUGUCGAGGCGCCGGACCCUCCGAUGGUCUGCCGUCGUCGAGGCGCCGGACCCUCCAAUGGUCUGGCGCCUCGACGACGCCAGACCAUAAUGGUGCAGCUGCUGCUGCGGCUGUUCGAUGCCGCUGUAUUGCCGGUGGUGGUGCUGCUGCUGUACAAUACCCGUAUGGGGUUGCUGCUGUUCGAAACCGUGCCGGACCCUCUGAUGGUCUGGCGUCGUCGAGGCGCCGGACCCCCCGAUGGUCUGGCGUCGUCGAGGUGCCGGACCCUCCAACGGUCUGGGUGCAGCUGCUGUUGAUGUUGUUGCUGGUCCGACUGCUGCUGAUGCUGAUGCUAAAGCCUCACGGCUAUGUUGUCGCGGGUGCAGCUGUUGCUGCUGCUGCUGUUCGAUACCACUAUGGGUUUGCUGGUGCAGCUGCUGCUGCUGCUGCUGUACGAUACCGCUAUGGGUUUGCUGCUGUUCUAAACCGCGCCACGCCAUCCGAUGGUCUGGCGUCGUCGAGGCGCCAGACCCUCCGAUGGUCUGGCGUCGUCGAGGCGCCGGACCCUCCAAUGGUCUGGCGUCGUCGAGGCGCCGGACCCUCCGAUGGUCUGGCGUCGUCGAGGCGCCGGACCCUCCAAUGGUUCGGCGCCUCGACGACGCCAGACCAUAGUGGGUGUGCUGUUGAUGUUGUUGGUGGUCCAACUGCUGCCGAUGCUGCUGCUGUUCCAUACCGCUAUGCUGUAGCUGGUGCAGCUACUGCUGCUGCUGUUCGAUGUCGCUAUAUUGCCGGUGGUGCUGCUGCUGCUGUACGAUACCGCUAUGGGGUUGCUGCUGUUCGAAAUCGCGCCGGGUCAUCCAAUGGUAUGGCAUCGUCGAGGCGCCGGACCCUCCUGUGGUCUGGCGCCUCGACGACGCUGGACCGGGUCUCCACGUCGAAGGUUGUCGAAAGGGCGGUCACGUUCCAAGAGAAGUAUUGGGCAAUCGAUUGGCACCUCGGUAUGAAGGUCCCCUGUUGCGGGCCAUGCAUUUUCUUGCGGGAUGAGAGUGGCAGUUACUACCCGUGCGGGGGUAUCAAGACGUACUCGUUUGAUAAGAACAUGCCUGACGAGGAGUACAUGAGAUUCCAUUUGACGACGUGUUUCGACAGCGAUGGUCACGAGGUGCCUGACAACUACAAGCUCGUGUCUCUCCAAGUCGACAAGUUCCAAGGUUACGGCAUCCGGGCUGCAUCAAUGCCGCCGUUCGACAAGUCGAAGAAGAAGGAUGCCUCACAGAUGGUGAUGCUAAGGCCGUUCGAGUUCCUCAAACGCAUUAAUUGCUAUAAGGUGUCCGGCCAUAUCGUGGCGAUUGACAACAAGCUGCAGUUGUCAACUCCCUUCGUGUCGUUCGACUGUGAUCUUGGAGACUUUGCAGACAUGGUGCGACGACACAAGCUGCAGGCGAUGUGCCAAGCCGUUUGCGAACUACCGGUGUGUGCGACGCGGGCACCAUCACAUGCAAACUAUGCGGCACGCGUUUCUUUGACUCCGGCUGGUGGGGCCGCUGACCAUGAGGAUGACGACGAAAGCACAGAGGAGGACUCGCGCUUCAGACAUUGGGACGGUGGGCGGUGGGCCGAUGGCAAUGACGCGAAAGACGCGGAAGGGGACGACGACGAACAGCAGUUCAGCGACGGUGCACACGAUGAAGAGGGAAGCUUGGAGGAUGACUUGGCCGAAGGCGACGGUAGUGAAGGCCAAGAGGAUGGUGGUCACGAAGCGUCAAAGCCUGGAGAGUUGACCAACGACACUAUCGACACCACGAAAUGUUUUUUCCUGGAAUACGACGAGGACGGGAAUGCGAUAGAUCGGCCUACCCAAGUUUUCGUUGACCUGGUCAAAAUACUGCCCAACCCUUCGGAAGGCGUGCAAUACAACCACAGGUCGUUGAACGAGAUGUUGGUCACCUCCAUCAGGGACGCAAUGGAACACCCCAAAAAGCAGGAGUGGGAAAGAAACACCUGGAUUCUUGCUCCUGUUGUUGAAGUGGAGAAGGAUGGCCAGAAGCGGUGGGAACGUGUGAAGCCGGAGGACUGGGAUGAUGACAAGGUUGCCUCCUACCAUUGGUACACAGUGGCCGGCCAACAUACAGCGGAGGCAGCAAAGAGGCUGGUCGCUGCAAAAUCGUCUGCUGCCCACAAGUGGGGCGUGCAUUCUUGGAAGGCGCGGGUUGUGUAUUUUGACGACGACCAUUUGGAGGGGUAUGCGUACAUCUCCACGUUUGACAACACCAGGGAGACACGUGCUAUCCCGUCGUCGUUUCGAAUGGUUGUGACUGCUAUAAGAGGAAUGUGGCAGAGUAUGAAAGAGCCAAAAGGUGAUUGGCAUCAGGCAAAGACGGUGGAAGAGAGGACUGCACAGCGUGACCAAUAUCAGGAGUUCAUACGGAAGGCUAUACGGAUGACUCCUGACACCUCGCUCUGGAACCAGUCGUUGGCGAAAAGAUUUGUGAGGAAUUGGUCAAACCUUUUGAGGCGCUACAUGUGUCUUGCGGCGAGCGGCAGGGUUAUGUGGAAUCUGGUUGAGAAGUUCUUUGACAAAUGGGAAAAAGGCGAACUGCCAGGGCAGGACGGCGUGAGACCAGUGUUCGGCGAUUUCACAUCAAGGGAGAAGGAGAUGACCCUGGAGAAAAUACUUGCGGGACACGUUGUCGUCACGAGCGGAAGGGCAUUUGUGAAAAAACUGAUGAACAUGCAAGACAUGUACGUGGAGGUGAGAAGGGAGAGAUAUAUGGUUCGCAUGUUUAACUAUGUCCUCUUCAAGAUAGAGCAGAGGUCGGAGGGGGAGUGGAAUGACAAGUUCUUCAUUGGUUACGAUACCAUAAUGAGGCGGUUUGCACCACGAGGGUUGACGACAGAGAAAUGGGAAGAAACCAAGUCCAAGAUCGUAGCAGAGAAGACUAUCGAUGUCCCGAAACGAUUGGGCGGCGUGGAUGAGGCAAAACUAGGAAAAGGAAAUGUCGGGGGGUACAAGGUGAUGACUGCAAUAUAUAUGGAGUGUCCGUACUUCCUCAAGCUUUUCGUGCAUGAGAUUCUUGGUGCAAUUGAGCAAUUGAGGGACGAGCUGAGACGGAUCAUCUCAAAUGCUCAACACAUAAUGUGGGACAAGCGCAAAGAUCAUACGACGUGGGACGGUGUGAUAAUUCUUCCAGGGCGCUGGCGUCGUUAUAGCGAAGCAGCAUCAUCCUGCGCCCAAGUUGGGAACCUUCCGUUGAGAGGGCGUGACUCCAUGACCAUUGUGCUGCACGAUACAGACAACGACUUGAAAAAGGUCACGGUUGCAAAGCCUCGUGGGAACACUCUCUUCGACACGCAUUACGUGGAGGAGUUAUUUGUACGAUGUACAAAAGAGGCAAUCAGCGUGCGAGGCGAUAACAAACCUGUGUACGGGAUAUGGGAGAGGGAACCUGCAAAAAUGAAAGACUUGUGCACCUGGUUUUCGAAGGAAGGGGAAGGUGUUCUAAUACUGGGCAACGUUCAGGCAGGAACGACGUGGGACUUGCUGCGCUCAGGACGCCAUGUCGUCGCAUGUGAUGGUUCCUCAAACCUGAUGGAGUACUCCACUUUGUUUAUCGAUCGCCACGUUCACAAUCCGGAUAAAAAGUGUCACUUUGAACCGCCGAAACCUCAACAUCGUGCAGACCGAGACAUGUUCCUAAAGCUCGGUAAGAAGAGGGACUCUCUGUGGAGCUAUCUUUUCUGCAAUGCACCCGCAACACCAACAGAUGCAGAUUAUCUCCACCGUAAGGUGAUAGCGAUCCAGCAUCUACAAGGAUAUCACAACGCCAAACGCGGUGCAAUUGAGAUAUUUCUGGGCCAAUGUGAACACCUGUGGUUUGAAAGGAAGCGAGACAAAAUUGAUGCUAAGGUUUACUGCGAGGUAAUGGACGUUGGGGAGCAGUUUGACAUUAUGGACAAUGAGGAGGAGACAAAGGAUGAGGAGAUUGACCUGCCAUUGCCGGAUGCACAUCAAAAUGCAGUGAGAGACGAAACGCCUCCGCUGUCCGCUAUGGGUGGUGAACAAGCGAUGAAGGAAGAUGUUGGCGGCACUAUCGCGAGUACCAAGCCCGAUAAUGUGAUGCAUGGAACAAUGCCGAAAACAGGUGGUGCAAUGGAAGGCAGCACAUCCAAGUGCGGCAUGAAGAAAGCUACCCCAGGAUUCGUUUCGUUGGUGAGGAGAGUUUGCAAUGACAUAGAAGGAGCGGCGGACGACGAGACUCAAAAUGUUGCACGUGCAGACAAGGAAUCAGUGGACGACCAAGAUGGGAUGGACAUAGCGGAUGAUACCCUCUUUCACAUCCCGGACGACGUUCCCAAACAACUUGCACCGGGUGAUAAUAUAUCAUAUGACAUGAAGGAGAUGAAAGGAGGACCUCACUUUCUAGAAACAAAGUACAAAGAGUCAUAUGAACACGACUGGGGGCAUCACAUUAUAUGGCAUCCAGGUCUUUUCGAGCCUUGUGUGAUUGAUGGCAGAUGGCACAUGGCUAUCCGAAUGGGUGGGAAAUGGAUGUUCAGGGAAAGAGUCCUCAGAAGCAGGUUUUAUGAAAUCGCAAAGGACAACUUGUCUACCCGCGUGAAGCAAGCGAACAGAGAGGCGCCAGACCACAAAAUAUCAAACAAAGUGAACUCGUUAUUCGAAUUCCUGCGUGAAAAUCACCUUCUCGAGUAUUGCGCUGCGUUCUACGACAAGAAAUCGAGUCCAUCGUAUGGAGCUGUCAUAUGGUCUGUGGACUACCGUGCAACGGACUGUACGUACGACAGCGACAUACUUGUGGGAUGCAGUCAAGGCCUUGAGGAACACACAGGUGCAAGGAAGAAGAUCGAUUCAGCAGCAACAGGAGUUGGUGGCGAGAGUGUGGCAGACAAGGAAGGACAUCUCAGGAUGCAAAACGCAAUGGGAGAUGAGUUCAGUGAGCGGCCAUCGAGCACACCGCAACCAACACUUAGACCGUCAGAAGGCAUCAGUGCAGUGGGAGCCAUAAGUGAGACAACACCAACAGCAGGCGGGGAAGUUGUUGGUGAUGACGGGAAGGACGAAAAGAUUGAAGAGGACCAACGACAAAAAGCAUUAGACGAAGAAGGGCCAAAAUUUCAGGCACAUGAGGUAGUGAAGGCGGUGUCAGGGCAUGUCGAUUCACAUUCCAAGCAGUCGCAAGGAACACACGAUACGACUGUCAUCUCUGCACAGGCGCAAGGCACCGACGAAGACACAAGGGAGCAAAGUGCACAUAAGAAAGAUGGGGGGGAAGGACCAGUGCUUAUGGAAUGCACUGGUCCAGGAACGCAAAUAGUUUCGGAGUCAACCAUGGGAGAAAGGAGAGCUGACGUGGAGGGUGUCAGUGGGGCAGAGCAUGAAAAGGUUCCAAGCACGACAAACAGGGAGAGAGAGGAGGAAAAUGAGAAUGAAGAGGAGGCGAACAAGAGGCGCACUGCACUGACAGCAGCAUCUUACGGCAUGCACGUGACAACAACUUAUGACAUCAUCGUGGCAGCAGAAGUCAGCAGCGCAUCCACAUCGCAGCAGCCCAUCACACCCACAUGGCAGCAGCCACUUGGCAGCAGUAUCACAUCCACGUGGCAGCACGACGUUAAAUCCACGUGGCAGCAGCAACCACUUGGCAGCUCCUCGUCACAUCCACGUCGCAGCAGCAUUUACAUCCACUUUGCAGCAGCGCGACGUGGCAGCGAAAGCUACAUCCACGUGGCAGCAGAAGCUACAUCCACGUGGCAGCACAGCUACAUCCACGUGGCAGCAGCCAGUCACAUCCACGUGGCAGCAGCUUGUCACAUCCACGUGGCAGCAGCUUGUCACAUCCACGUGGCAGCAGCAGUUUACAUCCACUUGGCAGCAGGCUUCACAUCCACGAGGCAGCGGCGAUACAUCCACGUGGCAGCAGCACCUCACAUGCAGCAGCGCAUUACAUCCUCGUGGCAGCAGCGAGUUCCACGUGGCAGCAGAGCAUUACAUCCACGCAUCCACGUGGCAGCGCACGUUACAAAGAAUGUCACUGCGCCCCUUUAGUCUACUCUCUUUUGAUGUCACAAGUGAGACGAGCGUACAGAAGUGUUUUUUUCCAUCUUUUUCGCCUUUUGUCUUAUUAUCCUUUUGCAAAGAAUGUCACCGCGCCCCUUUAGUCU